AUGCGCGCCUCUACUCUCGCACUCGCCGUUGCCCCCGCCGUCGUUCUCGGCCAAUCUCCUCUGUACGGCCAAUGUGGUGGUAUUGGAUGGGGCGGCUCCACGACCUGCGUUUCCGGCUCGGUGUGCAACAAGGUCAAUGAUUACUACUUCCAGUGCGUUCCUGGUACGGGUGGCGGAUCCCCCGCUCCCACUACUACUGGCAAUAGCAACCCUGCUCCUACUGGAGGCAAUGGUGGAGGAGGUGGCAGUGGUGGAGGCUCAGGAGCUGCAGGUGGAUUGCAUGAGAAGUUCAAGGCCAAGGGAAAGAUCUACUUUGGCACUGAAAUCGACCACUACCACCUGAACAACGCCCCUCUCAUGACGAUCGCCAAGAACAGCUUUGGACAGAUCACCCACGAGAACAGCUUGAAGUGGGAUGCUACUGAAUCAUCACGUGGAAAGUUCACAUUCACCAACGCUGAUAACGUCGUCAACUGGGCCACCCAGAACGGAAAGCUCCUGCGUGGUCACACACUCCUCUGGCACUCGCAGCUGCCAACAUGGGUUACGCAAAUCAACGACCGCGCUACCCUGACCUCCGUCAUCCAGAACCACGUGACACAGAUCGUCACCCACUACAAGGGUAAGAUCUUGCAGUGGGAUGUCGUGAACGAGAUCUUCGCCGAGAACGGCCAACUUCGAGACAGCGUCUUCAGCCGUGUCCUCGGCGAAGACUUUGUUGGUAUCGCUUUCCGCGCCGCACGCGCCGCUGAUCCCAACGCCAAGCUCUACAUCAACGACUACAACCUGGACAUUGCCAACUACGCCAAGGUUACCACUGGUAUGGUCGCACACGUUAACAAGUGGGUGUCCCAGGGCAUUCCCAUUGACGGUAUUGGCACACAAGCCCAUCUUGCCGCACCUGGCGGCUGGAACCCAGCCUCCGGCGUCCCCAACGCCCUCAAGACACUGGCUGGCGCCAAUGUCAAGGAGAUUGCCAUCACUGAGCUCGAUAUCGCCGGCGCCGCAGCAAGCGACUUCCUGACUGUCAUGAACGGUUGUCUUGCCGUUUCCAAGUGUGUUGGUAUCACCGUCUGGGGUGUCUCCGACAAGGACAGUUGGCGCGCCAACGACCGCCCUCUCUUGUUCGACACUAACUACCAGCCCAAGCAGGCUUACAACACCUUGGUUGGCGCUUUGUAA